AUGGCGCUUCAAGAUGAUCUCAUGGUGGUUCCCAAUCUCUCUCCGCCCAAUACCUACGAAGCUGUUGUCAAUGGUGGCACCUUUGACCGAUUGCAUGACGGCCACCGCCUCUUUCUCACCGCUUCUGCUCAGUUGGCGAAGAACCGUGUUGUGAUUGGAGUUUGCGAUGGUCCUAUGCUUGUAAACAAACAGUUUGCUGAACUCAUACAACCAAUUGAGACGAGGAUACAUAAUGUCAAAUCUUUCAUAAAGUCUAUUAAGCCUGAGUUGGAAGUGCAAGCUGUACCAAUUACAGAUCCAUAUGGCCCUUCCAUUGAAGAUGAAAAAUUGGAAGCUGUGAUUGUGAGCAAAGAGACUUUACCUGGUGGGUUGGCCGUGAACAGAAAAAGAGCCGAGAGAGGCCUUUCACAGUUGAAGAUUGAAGUUGUAGAUUUGGUCUCUGGAGAUUCAGGUGAGACUAAGCUGAGUUCAUCGAUGUUGCGAAAGCUUGAGGUUGAAAAUGCCCAAAAACAAAGUUCAAUACCGCAGACAAAGUAG